AUGAAGCUCUCCACCGUCAUUGUUGCUGCUGCCCUUUCUGCUGGCGCUUACGCUGUUGAGGACACUCCUAGUACCGUUACCACCACCUUCCACGGUUCCACCGACACUCACAGAUACGGUCGUUUCGACAAGACCUCUGACCCACCAAAGCCAACCAACACUGGUACUGAGAGAUACGGUCGUUUCGACAAGACUGCCGACCCAGUCACCACCACCAUCUUCAUCACUGACUCCAGUAUCACUGCCAACCACGAGGUUGUGAACUUCGCUGCCUCUAACGGUACUGGCGCUGGUGCUGGUAACGGUACUGGUGCUGGUGGUGCCAACGGUUCCGAGUCUUCCACCUACGGUGGUGGUGCUGCUGUCAACUCUGGUGCUUACUUCGGUGUUGCUGGUGCCAUUGCUGCUGGUCUUUUCUUGAUUUAA